AUGUCUAAUUCGAGAUCAACAUCCAUUAGGCAUGUACCAGUACCACUCAAUACCGUCAAUACUAAGCUAAUACCAAUACCAAAUACCAAGAGUAUUGAUAUUGGUACAUACCUAACAUCCGUAUCCACAAGUUAUUAUGGCACGGUCGGUUCCGGCCGGUUAGGUUCGUUUUCCGACCAUUUCCUUGCCGCCGAAUUCCGGCCGGAAGUUCAAACGAACCUGCCGGAACUUGCUGGAAUCGGCGAAAACUGUGCCGGAAUCGAGAAGAGCUGUACCGGAACCGACUCAGAUUUCAAUGGAUCCAGUCGCCGGAAUGAUCGACCUGGGGCUCGUCUUUUCGUCAUUGAACUUCUAUGCUGUCAGAAUAACGACACUACCAAUACAUACACUAUACGUAUAGAAAUAUGGUGA